AUGCCCCAAAACGUCGAAACCAUCUCUCGUCUUGCUCAGGACUAUGAAUACAACCCCUCCAUUCCCCUCCGAUACUGGCUGCGUACCGCCGCGACGUUGGAGAGAGAGGCGCACAUCUACCUCCGCGAAGGAAAUGACGAACAAACCUAUCUCCUCCUCUUUCGACAUGCCCAGCUGGUCCUGGUUCAUCUCGUCAACCACCCCGAGGCCAAGGACGAGAAGAACCAACGGUCCAUGAAGGAGGUCGAGGGCCAGGAGGUUAUGUCGAAAUCGAGAGCCCCGUUCCCCCCCGCGACGAAUCGCGCCUCCCCUCCCGAUCUCGCUCUCACCAACGUGGCUGAACCCUUGGAGGCGGGUGAGAACCGGGAUUUGGCUGUCCAGCUCGCAAGGACCGAGAUAAGUCGUCGGGCCACCAUGCGGCAGGCGAUCCAGCAGGUAAGCAAGGGGAAUUGGGAGACCGACCAGGACUUGAGUCGACGCAUCCAAGACGUCCGGGUCACCCUAGCAGAGAACUCCGAUCAGCGAGUCCAGGGUCCCUCAGUACGACCGACGACGACGGCCUCCUCUACCUCGACAUACAAGUAUCCGACCGUACCUCGUCAGCGACCGCGGGACGUCACGUCCCAACCGCUGCCGCCAUCACCACCACUACCUCCUCUCCCUCCCCCCAAAGAACGCGUCGCAACGAACGGGAUCGAUGUCGGGGACGAACCGUCACCACCUCCCCGGCCAGACAAGGUGUCCGCGGCGGAGGUGCCCGCUGUGCCCGACAAGACGCCGAAUGAGUCCGAGCUCCGGCCCUCCAGCUUCACGUUCAAGCCGUCGGCGUACCUAGAGAACGGCACGCCGCUACGGACAGUGUUCCUGCCGCCGGAGCUGCGGACGGUAUUCCUGGAUCUGGCGGCGCCCAACACGCGACGGAACCUGGAGACGUGUGGAAUCCUAUGCGGCACGCUGAUCUCCAAUGCGCUGUUCGUGUCGCGGCUGCUUAUCCCGGAGCAGACGGCGACAUCGGACACGUGCGAGACUGUCAACGAGUCGGCCAUCUUCGAGUACUGCGACGCGGAGGAGCUGAUGAUGCUGGGGUGGAUCCACACGCACCCGACGCAGACAUGCUUCAUGAGCUCGCGCGACCUGCACACGCACUGCGGCUACCAGGUGAUGCUGCCGGAGAGCAUUGCCAUCGUAUGCGCCCCGAGCAAGAUGCCCGACUGGGGGGUGUUUCGCCUGACAGAUCCGCCAGGUUUGAAGACUGUGUUGAAUUGUACACAGAGUGGCCUGUUCCAUCCGCAUCCCGAGACGCAUAUCUACACGGAUGCUCUGCGACCGGGGCAUGUGGUGGAGGCGAAAGGGCUGGAAUUUGAGACGGUGGAUCUACGAUAG